AUCCAAAGCAACGCGCGGAUACUGAUUACAAUCAAUUACAAACAUGUCUCUGCGCACUUACAGCCACCAGCUGGCUGCCCUAGACGCGAAGGCGGUGAAGGCGUGGCUUCAGGACGCCAGCUGGAAGGGCCGCGCCAACAAGAACAAUCCGCGGUUUUAUGCGGACGUGCCGGCGGACGACAGCGGGCCGUUUGCGGCCAUCCGCAAGGCUAUCAUAGACGCCAUCAACAAGGCGGAGAGGAAGAAGCGCCAGAAGGGCAAGAAGUGCGCACUCGUGAAGAUGUACGCCAUCUUUACUAAGACGGGCGGCUUCCACGCUCCCCACGGCGACGGCUCCCGCCGCGGGAUGGCCGGCUACAAGCUGCGCUACGUGAUGAAGGUGGGCGGCACGGGCAAGACGGGCAAGACCAAGGCCAAGAUAUCGGCGGCCAAGAAGGGCGUCAAGCGCACCGCCGCCACCAAGGCCAAGAUAUCGGCUGCUAUGAAGGGCAAGAAGCGCACCGCCGCCACCAAGGCCAAGAUGUCGGCGGCUAUGAAGGGCAACACCAACAGGAUGAAGAAACGUUAAACCAAGUUGAUGGACUCGAUAGGCUACUCGAAACCAGGGGAUGGUACCUCCAAGCUUGUAACGAGCUACCGGCAUCUAGAUACGUUGCAUAUGCGGGGUUGGUGGACGGGGGCAGGAUGGCGUGACGGGCCGGGCUCCCUGCUGUGUGCGGGUGUGAUGGAUCCAGCCACAUGGGCGGGGGGGAGGGCGGUAUGCAGGACACGGCGACACGCAGCAAUUGUGGAGUAGUGGGGCACGUGAGCGGGUGGGGUGUGAGUAUAGGUGGCCGGGCAACGGAUAUGUGUGUGUGGUGUGUGUGGGGGUGCAUUGUGUGACAUUGUGACUGUGUCCCCGCGGCGAAAUCAUGGACCCUGCAGGCCCGUGAUUUGGUCCGGUAGCAAAGAGCAUGCGCAUCCUGGGACAUGUAAACUUCAGUUUGGCCGGACCCUGGACCCAGGGGCGGGGGUCGUGCUGCCCGUUGCUAGUCAUGGGGAAUGCCAGAUCCCUUGCGCAUUGUAAGUGACCACGGGA